AGUGACGUCACAGCGCGAUGGCGGCGGCUCCUUUAGGCAGCUGAAGGGGGACUUAGGCCCGGAAGAUCCGAGUCCAUCCGCGGCGGGGAGAAGGCAAGCGGGGCCGGCAGGGGCCGGAGCAGCGGCGGCGGCGCUCGGACUGUCCCAUCCGCCCCGUAUUGAGGCGCUGGGAGCGGCGGGGCGGCCGGAAAGCGAUGGUGAAAGCGGGGCCGUGAGGGGGGCGGAGCCGGACCGGACCCGCAGUAGCGGCAGCAGCGGCACCGCCUCCCGGAGCGCAGACCCAGGAAGCGGCCGGGCGGGCAGGAGCGAGCCGUAUCGCCGUCAUGGAGUUGAGAGUCGGGAACAGGUACCGGCUGGGCCGCAAGAUCGGCAGCGGCUCCUUCGGAGACAUCUAUCUCGGUACGGAUAUUGCUGCAGGAGAAGAGGUUGCCAUCAAGCUUGAAUGUGUCAAAACCAAACACCCUCAGCUCCACAUUGAGAGCAAAAUCUACAAAAUGAUGCAAGGAGGAGUGGGCAUCCCUACCAUCAGAUGGUGUGGGGCCGAGGGGGACUACAACGUCAUGGUGAUGGAGCUGCUGGGGCCCAGCCUGGAGGACCUCUUCAACUUCUGCUCCAGGAAGUUCAGUCUCAAAACUGUUCUGCUGCUUGCUGACCAAAUGAUUAGUCGUAUUGAGUACAUUCAUUCAAAGAACUUCAUCCAUCGAGAUGUGAAGCCAGAUAACUUCCUCAUGGGCCUGGGGAAAAAGGGCAACCUGGUCUACAUCAUCGACUUUGGGCUGGCCAAGAAGUACCGGGAUGCGAGGACCCACCAGCACAUUCCGUACCGAGAGAACAAGAACCUCACUGGGACGGCGCGGUACGCCUCCAUCAACACACACCUCGGAAUCGAGCAAUCUCGAAGGGACGACCUGGAGUCUCUGGGGUACGUGCUGAUGUACUUCAACCUGGGCUCUCUCCCCUGGCAGGGGCUGAAGGCCGCCACCAAGAGGCAGAAGUAUGAGAGGAUCAGUGAGAAGAAGAUGUCUACUCCCAUCGAAGUACUGUGCAAAGGCUAUCCCUCCGAGUUUGCCACGUACCUGAACUUUUGCCGCUCCUUGCGCUUUGAUGACAAGCCCGACUACUCCUACCUGAGGCAGCUCUUCAGAAACUUGUUCCACCGCCAGGGCUUCUCCUACGACUAUGUGUUCGACUGGAACAUGCUCAAGUUUGGUGCCAGCCGGGCUGCAGAUGAUGCUGAACGGGAACGCCGGGACCGAGAGGAGCGAUUGAGACACUCCCGGAAUCCAGCCACCCGUGGCCUCCCUUCCACAGCCUCUGGCCGCCUGCGGGGGACCCAGGAAGUGGCUCCCCCAACACCCCUGACCCCUACCUCACACACGGCCAACACCUCUCCUCGGCCUGUCUCUGGCAUGGAACGGGAGCGGAAAGUGAGCAUGCGGCUGCACCGUGGGGCCCCAGUCAACGUCUCCUCGUCAGAUCUCACGGGCCGACAAGAUACCUCUCGCAUGUCCACCUCACAGAGGAGCAGGGACAUGGCGUCUCUUCGGUUGCACGCGGCCCGUCAGGGUGCCCGCUGCCGUCCCCAGCGCCCACGACGCACCACCUACUGAGGGGCUUCAGCUGCCUCUGACCAGGCUCCCAGCCACGCAGGCCGCCGCUGGCCACAAGGGCAGGUGGGUGUGAGGUGCCCAGGGCAAGCCCGAGCGCUGAGCACGGGCUGGAUGGAGGAGGAGGGGAGCAGAGAUGAGCAGGCGCUGGCCACAUAGAGCAAAUCUACCAGCCAACCAGGGGACAAAUAAAUGGAAGGCAGGAAAGUGUGUGUUGAGGCCACACGCAGGAAACAGCUCCCACUGCACCUCCACUCAGCCCUCGCACCACACUGGGUCCUGCGGGUCCAGGCACCUAGCUGGGGACCCCUCUAGCUUGCAGCCCCCUCCCUGCCUGCCCCCUUCUCUCCACCGUCUGUGCCCUGUGAACACAGUCGCUGCUCAGGGAAUGUUGCAGAGCAGACAGCAGUAGGAAAACUGACAAGGACCAGAGCAGUUUGUAAGAACAACCAGGUCAUUUCCAAACCCAAGCGAGCUGAGGGUACACCGGCACACACCACACGUAGCUCCGAGGACCAGGCCCCCAGACUCCUGCCACACGCAGGUUUAUUUCGCACCUUCACGGGUGGAAUGAGCUCUUUGUACCCUAGACAGAGAGGGGUGGGCACCGUAGGAGGCGAGGGCAGGGUGGAGGGUCAGACAGGCACCAGGGAAGGCCUCGGGGAGGUGUCCACUCGCCAGCCCGCCCUCCUAUUAAAGUCAUGUUGUCUCAAAGCCUGGGCUUCUAGGUCCUUGACCACGUGGGGGGCAUGGGCUGUUUGGGGUGAGCAGGCGGCUUGUAACCAUGGGCUUGGCUUCACCGCAGAUCCGCUGUGGAAUGACACGUUCCCACCCCGCCACCUUCCCCGCAAAACACAGGUCAGGUGAUGACCCGAUGACCAGCACCCAGCACGGAGCCAGUGGCCCUGCCUCAGCUGGUCCUGUUUGUGAAAUAAAUACAAGCGUUGCCAGUC